AUGUCGACUUCCAAAUCUUGGCCUUAUACAAAUGUUACGGGAAAUGCUGAGAAUGUAGCCGCCACAGUGACGGAAGCAGUUAUUGAAACUGACUUGUUGAUUGUUGGGGCUGGACCUUCCGGGGCGGCUUUGGCUUGUUUUCUAGGGCAUCAUGGCCUACGAGGAAUGCUUAUCGCGGCCACUCCCGGUACAGCUGAUACGCCGCGAGCUCACAUAACAAACAUGGCCGCAAUGGAAUGUUUACGUGAUAUAGGUUUGGAAGAGGAGUGUUUACAAGUUGCUGUUAAGGGUGAUUCGAUGUUGCAUACACGAUGGUGUCGUUCUUUGGCUGGUGAGGAAUAUGCAAGAAUUUACUCAUGGGGGAACGAUCCAAAACGUGCCGGUGAUUAUGACGCUGCUAGUCCAUGCUAUCAUGUCGAUAUUCCUCAGACAGUUCUCGAGCCGAUUUUGAUCAAUCGGGCUUCUCAUAGUGGAUUUAAUUGUCGAUUUGAUACCUCGUUUUUGUCUUUUGAGCGAGACUCAACCUCGGCGAUAAUUACCAGCAAACUGCAAGACAAUUUAACGAAUCAAAUAUAUCAUGUUCGAUCAAAGUACUUAUUCGGAUGUGAUGGAGCUCGAAGUCAAGUUUUGCGGCAAUUGCAGAUUCCAUUGAUCAAGAAACCUCAACAAGGGUUAGCUAUCAAUGUAUUGGUCAAGGCCGAACUGAAACAUAUCAUGGAAAAUAGAAUGGGAAACUUACAUUGGAUCAUAAGACCUGAAGACGAAGAUGCCACUAUUGGAUGGAAUGGUUUGAUUAGAAUGGUGAAGCCCUGGAAUGAAUGGAUGUUCCUUCUUCUUCCAUCUCCUAAUGCCGGAUCGGACCUAAAUCUUUCAGACGAGGAGUAUUUAAGAUGUGUCAAGGAUAUGAUCGGAGAUGAUUCGAUUCAUGCAGAAAUACUUGGAGUCUCCAAAUGGCUGGUCAAUGAAACUGUUGCAGAAUACUACUCUGAUGGGAAUAUAUUUUGUCUCGGCGAUGCAGUUCACCGCCAUCCACCAACAAACGGCCUAGGAUCUAACACAUGUAUUCAAGAUGCAUAUAAUCUCGCCUGGAAAAUUGCCUAUGUCUUGAAGGGAAAAGCGGAAAGCAGUCUUCUCGAUUCAUAUAGCCCAGAACGCCAACCAGUUGGUCAAUCCAUCAUCACACGAGCCAAUCAAGGACUUAGAGAUCAUGCUCCGGUAUGGGAAGCUUUAGGAAUGAUGGACCCAUCCGUCGAAAUCCGACGAAAACAUUUUGCAGAACUCUCGCAGGCUACACCUGAAGGAGCAGCUCGGCGAGCACGCUUUCAAGCGGCGAUUGAGGGAACAGCACGCGAGUUCCAUGCCGUUGGUAUUGAAAUGAAUGAACGUUACGAAUCUUCUGCAAUUUUCCUCGCGGAUGAGAAACCAAGACCAGCAUUACCGGCAGACCCGGUCCUUGAACAUGAGAUUACUACUUAUCCUGGAAGUCGUUUCCCUCAUGCGUGGUUGAAUACCAGACUACCAGGAAAACAGUUUUCGACUAUUGAUUUAGCUGGUCAUGGAAAAUUCUCCCUUUUCACUGGAAUUGGGGGAGAAAAAUGGAGAGCUGCUGCUGCGAAAGCUGCAGAGGCUCUCGAAAUUGAGGUUGAUGUAUAUUCUAUCGGCUGGAAACAAGAUUAUGAGGAUGUGUAUUUUGAUUGGGCGAGACGCAGAGAAAUUAGGGAGAGUGGUUGUGUGUUGGUUAGACCGGAUAGAUUCGUAGCUUGGAGAGCUAUGGAAAUGAUUGAUGAGCCAGAGGAGAAGCUGAUGGUUGUUUUGAAAACUAUUUUGAGCCGAUAG